AUGGAUGAGCCUUUUCUGCCUCGAUUUAAAAUGCUUCAAAUGGAGUCUUAUGAUGGAACUACUGACUCGAUGAAUCACCUAGAGAAUUUUCAGACCUUGGUGCUGCUACAAAGGGCCAGUGAUGCAACUCUUUAUCGAGAUUUUCCUUCAACUCUGAGGAAGGUAGCUCGCCAUUGGAUCAUGCCAUUUGGCCUCAAGAAUGUAGAGGCGACCUACCAGUGCCUUAUCAAUAAGAUCUUCAAGGAGCAGAUUGGCCAAAACAUGGAGGUGUAUGUCAACGAUAUAUUGGUAAAAAGUUGGGUCGCGGAGCAUCACAUCACUGAUCUUGAGGAAUCUUUCACAGCAUUGCGGUGA